CUGAAAGCGAGGCAACCUUUUAUCUCGUCAGAAUGACACCGUUUUAUUGAUUAGAUGGGUCAACACUUUCACACAAUUCAGUCUGGUGGUAAAAGUAAUCUCUGUAGGAAUUGACCAUUGUCUGAGACACGUGUCACAUUUUAUGAAUUAAAUCACAUAUUUCAAGUUAUUGGUUAGUAGAAAAAUAAACGUGAUCAUACAGCCGGAUAUCUCACAAAACAACACGACAAAUUGACGACGUCGACAGUGUGAGUGAAGUCACAUCAAUCACGCCGACAGGAGUGUGCUUUUGAACUUCUCAUUCUCUGGUAAAGUGUUGUUAUUGAAUAACCAAGUUUCCUUCAAGAACUAGAUCUGUUGUGACAGUAUUAGACAAUGGCAUUCCAGAAGAAUAAUCGGUUGUUGACAUUACUGUGUUGGGUGAUGUGUGUUUAUAACGUCCAAGCCUACAUUGAUGGACUUUAUUGUGGCAAGGAAAAUUGUUAUGAUAUAUUAGCAGUUACAAGAGACUCUACAAAGGGGGAGAUAACUAAGGGCUAUCGUAAGUUGGCACGACAAUGGCAUCCUGAUAAACAUAAGACUGAGGAAGCUAAAAAGGUUGCCCAUGAGAUGUUUCAGAAAAUUGGAAAUGCCUACGAAAUUCUUAAAGAUGAUGCACAACGAGAAGACUACAAUUACAUGUUAGACAAUCCUGAUGAAUAUUAUUCCCAUUAUUUCUAUUAUUAUCAACAUAGGUUGGCACCUAAAGUUGAUAUUAGAAUUGUUAUUGCUGUCACCAUUACCGUUGUAUCGAUCAUCCAAUAUUUUGGUGCUUGGAAUAAUUAUAAUUCGGCCAUUGAUUAUUUGUGUAAGGAUCCAAAAUACAGAGCUCGGGCUAUAGACACGGCUGUUAAAGAGAAACUGCUUAAUAAUGCUUCUAAUAAGGGUAAAUCCCGGAGAAUUAAAAUCAAGGAGGAUGAAGAACAGGUUAUCAGGGAGGUUAUUGAAUCGAAUAUGGACAUUCGGGGCGGCUACCAAAAACCCAAAUAUACUGAUGUGUUGUGGAUUCAGUUGAUUUUCUUGCCUUAUUACAUAGUUCUGUACAUGAUUUGGUGGUUAAAAUGGACCUGGAAAUUUACUAUAAUGAGAACAGAAUAUGGAGAAGAAGAAAAAUAUUACCUUAUCAAAAAAUAUAUGAAAUAUGGAAAAACGCAGUGGGAUGCAAUUGAAGAUUAUGAUAAAGAGAACUUUUUGAAUCUUGAACUUUGGAAAAAAGAAAAUUUUAAGGAAUGGAAAGCUCAACAAGAUGAAGAAAUGAAGGCAAAAUUAGCCGAGAGUGCAAGGUAUAAAAGUUACAGACGAUAUAUGAAGAAAGGUGGCCCAGGUCAAAUAAGUUUUGGACCAGAGUAGACCAUGGUUGUAUAUCAAUGUGCCUUGACGUUCUAUGCUAUAGAUAGGAUGGUAUCACUUUGCAAAAGUUAUUCCCAUUUCAGUUUGUCUUAUUCUUGAUCAAUUACAGGUUCAGAAGAGCAAUUACUGAGAAAGGCAAAAACUCUUUCUUUGUGAUCAUAUUCUAUUGGCUUUUCUUGAUGGGUGUGGGCUGAAUAUUAAUACUGGAUAAUCACAUGUUUUCAAUGUAAAUCCAUCAGAAAUAAACCUAAAUAAUUACCACUUCAGCAAGUACCAAAAUACAUCCUUCUAAACUCUUAGUUAUUUUUUGUUGGAAAUAUAAAUGUGGUUGUUUGUACAGUAUGUUAUUGAAUGAUUAAGAAAACUCCCAUGUUUUAUUCAUACUGGUACCAGGCUAAAACAUGGUCAUGGAUUUUCUUGGCGCUGUGUUACUUCUAUUCAUUACAUGAUGUGCAUGUAUGUAUGGAGAUACCUACUCAACUGAACAUAUAGUACUGGAAUAAUUCUUGUAGAAUUGAUCUAUUAAUGUGAGAAGUUUCUUAUGUAAACCAAUUUUUAAUUUAUUCUACUUUACUAUGAUUUCAUGCAAGUUAUUGACAAUUGUAUUUAAACUACCUCUGAAAUAUAGAUGGAAGUCACAACUAUUAGUACAGUCAUUUAUCAGUCAAACUUCUAUCAGAUAUUUUUAAAAGAAAUUAUAAAAUCAAAUUCAGAAUCAAUAUUUUGAGAUAGACCAAAUGUCUAACUGGAUUUGACUGAUAUCUAUUGUUGUAUUUCCUGUACACCAUUUGUAAUAUUACUCCCAGUGCAUUGUAAAAUAGAUUUCUCUACCUAUACAUUCGUACAUGUAUAUGUUCCUAAGUGUUGAAGUAAUAAUGUAGUCAUACAUUUGUUAAUUAAACCCAAUAAAAUGAAUAUCUUGCCAGUUAUUCUGUUCUGUACAAGAAAAUCUAUAUUUAUCAGUUUGUAUCAUUGAAGAUUAAAUAAUUGAUCUUACUGUUUGAUGUAAAAAAACCUCACAAAUUUAUAUAGUUAUUGUAGUUAUGUGUAAUUAGAUUUUCAAAAGGAAAACAUUCUUAACUUUCAAAAAAUACCUUCAGGUAACAGGUACAUGUACCAUUAAAGAUUUACUGUGUAUGUUACGGUUCAAUAAAAAGUUGGACAAUUUAGUGAAGAAAAUUGUAGAAGGAAAUGUGGUCUUUGAAUAAUUAUUUAUGUGUAAUUGGAAUACACACUAGUCUACAAAAAAUAUUAAUGUUAUUAACUGUACAUAAACUGGUGAUUUAUAUCAUUAUCGGUAUUAAACCUUCCUUUGUUAGAAAGCAAGUGACUUAUACGGAGUGCAUUCCAGUUAAAUAAAUAGUUGUAUAAAGCUUAGUUAUGAUGGCCUAAGGCAUUUAGCACUAAAAGUGACAAUAAAAUUUAUCUUCAAGGCACAAUAAAUAUUUAUACUGCCAAAUUUCCGUUAUGUUGAAUUCUAUUUUGUUUUUCUCAUUUGUCCAAUCAGCUGGACCAGGUAAUAAAUUACAUAUACUGGUAUAUGGUACAUGUACCUAAAUUUACAAAAAUAGUCUUGUAAAUAACAUUGAAUCAAGUCAAUGCCAAUAAUUAUAUAAUAUUAAAUUGGAAAUACAAAUAUGGUUUAUUCGAGUUGUUGGACACUUCAUUAGAUACAGAAGCCAUGGUGGCUCAGUGAGUAAGACAUGGUCCCAUGCCAUGUUCUAUGCCUGCUUUGGCUGUGAAAGUUCAUCAGGAUUUUCCAGCAUGGUCCCCAUUUGUCAGUGGCGCAGAACAGAGGGCCUGGUAAGGGACAACUUAUAGUUUGUUGGGAUAUACAAGUUUGCAUGCACGUAAAAGAUCCCGUAGCCAGUAGCGCCACUGUCCGGGCAAAAUUUCCCUCAUAGCACAAUGUAUGGUGUCUGCUCGUCUUCAUUAGCUCUGUCGGAGCAGAACAGUAGGACAUUAAACCCUGUUUUAUUUAUUUCAUUAAAUACAUUAUUGGUGCUGAUAUUGUAUAAAAUCAGACCAUAUGUUACAAAACAACUAUGGUAAUAUUUUUCUUAGUAUAAUAAAUUCGAGUAUUUUUUUUUUAUUAGAAAUGUUGGGGGAAAAAAUCAUUUAUUUUAAUGUAUCAAUUCAUUACCAGUGAUAGAUUUCAUUUGACUUUUAAAAUGACAAGGAAUCCGUUUUUCAAAAAAAAAAAAUAUUAAUAUGAAAAUGUUGAUUAUACAAGUUGGGGAAGGGGAACAUGAAUCUUCAUCAAUUUCUUCCAUAUAAGUACUUCCUUUACCUAGUCAGUUUUAUAUAUAGUGAUUAUAACAAUUUGAUCAAAACACACAUCCUAUUUUGUUUCGUUUGUUAUAGUUUUUAGCCAAUGAAACGGUCUGUUACGGCGACUGCACGGAACUGUGGGUAAACCACUAGAACCAUCAGUGCUGGUUGAUUACUCGGUCUGACGUCAUAGGGUCAAAAGCCUCUUGUAUGACCUCAGACGUGACCUGAGGGUCACGGUGGCUAAGUGGGUAAGACACUGGCUUGCUAGCCUGGAGUUUGGGUGUUCGAUCCCUGCAUUGGCUGAGAAAGUGCAUCCAGAUUUUUUGGCGUGGUUCCCCCCUUGUCAGUGACGCAAGAAGGAGGGCCUGACAAGGACAGCUGUCUAGUCAUUCGGAUGAGACAAAAAACCUGAGGUCCCAUGUACACCUUGAUGUGCACAUAAAAGAUCCCUUGACAGUUGGAAUUGGAUAUAAGAGUAGGCCGUAGUGCCACUGUCCGGGCAAAAAUUUCCCUCAUAGCACACUGUACGGCAUAUGCCCGUCUUCAUUAGCCCAGUUCGGAGCAGAAUAGUAGGACGUUAAACCCCAUUUUAUUUCAUUUCUGACACAACCUCCCUCUACAACCAGUCAGAUCUUCAUGUAGUGUAGGCCAUUGAAAGAAUAUAUAAAAAAAACGAAAUAUAGAUCUGUAUUUUAAUCAGAUUGUAAUUAUAUAAUUUUUGUGUUAUUCAAUUUCAUUAAUGCAAUGUCAGUAUGUUGUAUGAUUGAAUCCCAAGUUUUCAGAGUGCCUUUACCCCAGCUACUGAUUAGCACUUAGGUUAUAAAUGUGCUGCGAAAAACCUGUGAUUGCAUGCUGUUCUUGUGGACUGUGUUAAUCCUAAAUGUUAUAUCAGUAAAUUUAUUAAGUUUCAUAGUUUACACUCUGCGAUGAUAUAUUAAGUUUCAUAGUUUACACUCUACGAUUGUAUAUUAAGUUUCAUAGUUUACACUCUACGAUUGUAUAUUAAGAACUUUUAAAACUAUUAAUGACAAUAAUACCAGAUUUACGUAUUAAAUGUGAUUUUUGUGUUA